AUGACCUUGACGCGGUGGACGACAGCGUCCCUGGUGGCUUCAGGAGCGCUGUGUGCGACGCUAGGUGCUUGGCUUGGUCGGUACCUGCUGGCACGAGGCUGGCAGAGUCGUCUACAGAGCGACGACUCGCUGGUGAAGGAAUUGGAACAGGAAAUCGAGCGACAAAAGCAGCUUCGAGCGCAGGAGCGGGCGGGGCGAACUAAUGCCGAGCGGGAGGCGCGCGAGGCGCUACAGCGGCAACACGAGACAGCAGGCUACAACUUUGAGGCUGUUGCGCACGUGCAAUCAUGUUUUGCGGACCGCCGCGGCACCCCUAGACAAGGAGGUCUCGUGGAGAACUCUCGAGCACGCAUCACGUUUAAGACCAGUAUCCCACCGGCAAGUCUCGAGAGUCUAGAGCAGUUCAGCCACCUGUGGAUCCUGUUUGUCUUCCAUGAGAACACCAACUUAGCUAAAGGUGUCCCUAAGACCACGUUCCCGGCCAAAAUCGCCCCACCACGACUUGGAGGCAAGAAGGUUGGGCUCUUCUCGACUCGUACACCUCAUCGCCCCAACUCUAUCGGACUCUCGGUCGUCAAGAUCGAGGCUAUCCGUGACCGAUGUAUCGAAAUCAGUGGCCACGACCUUGUCAACGGCACACCCGUGUUGGAUGUCAAGCCCUACGUACCGGCAGACUACGUCCCAGGACACAUCGUCCCAGACUGGGUGGCAGCCGAGACGGACGUGGUGGCAAGACCAGUUGAGUUCACGCCGGAAGCCACAGCGUCGCUGACUGAACUCGUAGAAGCCAAGUUGUCGUCCUUCUACGCCAAUGUAUCUGACUCGAAGACAGCAAUCGAGCAGAUGCUUGUCUUAGACAUCCGCAGCGUCCACCAGGGACGUGGCCAAGCUGCUGAGACGCAACAGUUCCAGUGCCGCUUUGACACUGUACAGAUCGAGUUUUCGACGCUGGAGGAAUGCAUCCGCGUACUGAGCUGCACACGCUACACGACACACGAUCGAUCACGCCUACUACUGCGUCAAGCGCUGUUGAACCAGCAACAGCGAGAGGAAUAA